AUGCCAACCCUCCUCUCCCUCCCCGACGAACUCCUGCUCCAAAUCCUCUCCCACAACACACCCCAAAACCUGCGCUCCCGCUCCGACUUCGUUACCCACAUCCGGCACGGCGCCCUCAACAAACGCCUCCUGCGCCUCCACCGCGACAGCUUCUUCCACACCUUCAUCCACCGCUUCUCCAUAACCUGCCUGUACAGCGCGCCCUCCCCGCGCUGCGCCUACACCCAAGUGCACAUCGAUGGCGUGCUGACCGCACGGACGAGUUUCCUGGAACAGGUUCGGAAGGUGGAUGUGAGGUUGUAUGUGUAUUAUAAGGAGAGUGUUGAGACGGCUGUCGAGGAGGUGAGGGGGGUGUUGCAGAGGUAUAACAAGUUGAGAUGGUUGAGGGUCGGGGUUAGUACGGGGAGUUGGGAAGUUGCGGAGGUGCUGGGGAGGAGGAUUGGGGAGGUUGUUGAGGAGGAGAGGGCGGUGGGGAGGGCGGCGGAGAAGAGGGUGGAGGUUUUUGUGGAGAUGGAGUUGAUGGGGGUUGUUGUUGAGGGGAAGUAG